UAUGGCAGCCAUGUUUUUCUUGCAUCGCAUUCAUGAGCAGCAGCAUUGUUUGAUCUUUUGUUGCUCUCUGGACUCAUAUUAAUGCAAAUUUUUGCUGCAUAUCGCGUUUUUGACUUGAGCUGCACUGAAAAAUGCAGUAUUUGGAAGUUAUAAUGUCUGUCACUGGAAGAUUACGUGUUCAAACUGACCGAUUUUUUGGACUUGGAACGAUCCAUUGAGAAGAGAAAAUUGCCAGAUUUUUGUUGGACAUUUGGAGCAAUACCAUCUCGUAACUAGGUGCUGAAGUGAAAUCGAAAGUAGGGACAGGAUUGGGAAACCUUCUUUAAAGUGAAAAAACUGCACGAGGGACGUGACCAGCGAGAUAUUUAGCGGUUAUUUACCACGUGAUUGCAGUAUGAGUCCUACCUGAAAAUGACCACCAAGUUUGACCUUCCUGGGCUUGCUGAUUUGAAAACUGGUCUGUUUGCACCUGUGCCAAAGGAAGAAAAGAAGAGUGAAGACAAAAAAACUACAGAUGACUUACCAGUAACAGACUACAGUGUAGAUGAAAACUACAAAGUUAACAAUGUAGAUUCUAAGAAGGAAAAGGGGGGAAAGGGCAGUGCUUCAGAAUCUGAAUCUGAAUCUGCAAGUGGCUCAAGCUCUGAAUCGGAAUCCGAAUCUGGAUCAGGAAGCUCAUCAAAGUCCGAAACUGGAUCAGGAUCUGGGUCAGGAUCAGAAUCUUGUAGCCAAUCUGAUGAUGAUGACGAAGAUGAUGAUGACAACGACUCUAAGAAUCAGAAAACACAGCAGAAAUCGCCAAGGAACUCUGCAAGAGAAGUCAAAUGUGAAACUGAGGACUCUUUCUUAGAUGUAGAAGAGAAUUCCAUCAGUGAAGCAGUUAAGUCACACUUACCUAAGAAAGUGAGAAUAAAAGAAAUCAAGGAGUCAUGGGAAGUGCAACCAGAUCUGUAUGGAGUUAGAAGGUCAGGAAGGCAGAGAAAGGAGCCCACCAGACUGAAUGUGGGAGGUGGCAGUGAUAGUGAUGAUUUCAAGCCAAAGAGAAAAGGUGGUAGAAAAAGGAGAGACUCUGAGGACUGGCGCAGCAGUCUUGGUGGAAGUAGUGAUGAUGACAGUGAUAGUGAUGAAAGUUCUAGAAUCCAACCACGACGGAAAGCCACCACGAGAACUCAAGCCAGAAGUAGGCCGAAUGCCAGAUUCAGUAACAAUAAGUCAGUCAGAAAUCGUCCUCCUGCAAGACGAAGAAAACAGUCUUCCAGUGAAGAGAGUGAUAGUGAUAUAGAUGGAAAGGAACGAUUUUCAUCAAGAAGCACCAAUAAAAAAGUCAAGGGUGGUAGGGGUCGCCCAUCACGAAGGAAAGUUGUAAAAAAGAUUAGCUACAGAGAAGAAUCUGAAAGCCAGACGGAUUCUGAUGAUUUGGUGGAGGUGACAAACACACAGGUAGAAGAUGUCAAUGAUAAUGCAGAGACUAUAGAGAGGGUGUUGGAUACAAGAAAAGGAAAGAAAGAAGCAAUAGGCAGCAAAACCACAAUAUACAAUGUAGAAGACAAUGGAGAUCCCAAUGAUGGAGUAAACCCAGACACAGAUGAUGUUGUUGAACAGUACUUAAUCAAAUGGAAGGGCUGGUCUCACAUUCACAAUACAUGGGAGAGUGAAGAAUCCCUGCUUGAACAGAAAGUUAAUGGAAUGAAGAAGGUGGAGAAUUUCAAGAAGAGAGAGGAAGAAAUCAAAGAAUGGACAUCCAACAGCAGCCCAGAAGAUAUAGAAUAUUUCCAGUGCCAAGUAGAGAUGUCUCUAGAGCUUUUAGAACAGAACAGAAUCGUGGAGAGGAUUAUAGCUCAUAGUAAUGUGAAAGGCGUCAGUGGUCAGCCUGAUUAUUUAUGCAAGUGGCAGGGACUGCCAUACUGUGAUUGUACAUGGGAGGAUGGGGGACUCAUCAGCAGAAAGUUUCCUAAGGAAGUGGAGAGCUAUGAAGCACGUUACAAGUCACAGAAAAUUCCCAGCAAACUCUGUCGAGCCUUGAAGUACCGUCCCAAGUUUGUUCCUUUGAAAACCCAACCAAGCUCUAUAGGUGGCCCUGAACAGUUGACUUUGAGAGAUUAUCAGUUAGAUGGGCUGAAUUGGUUAUUAUCCACAUGGUGCAAGGAUAACAGUGUGAUCCUUGCUGAUGAGAUGGGUUUAGGGAAAACCAUACAAACAAUAGCAUUCCAGUCUUAUUUAAGCCACACCCAUCAGUUGUAUGGUCCUUUCCUUCUGGUUGUGCCUUUGUCUACAGUGGUUGCCUGGCAGCGAGAAUUUGCACAGUGGGCUCCUGAUAUGAAUGUUGUAGUCUAUUUGGGAGACAUCAACAGCAGGAAUAAGAUAAGAGAAUUUGAAUGGUGCCACCUGGGAAACAAGAGAUUAAAGUUCAAUGUGUUGAUAACCACAUAUGAAAUCCUGCUAAAAGACAAGUCUUUCUUGGGGAGUGUGGCCUGGGCAUCCUUGGCAGUGGAUGAGGCUCACCGUCUGAAAAAUGAUGACUCCCUUUUGUACAAGUCCUUAUUUGAGUUUGACACAAACCAUAGACUGCUUAUAACGGGUACUCCUCUGCAAAACUCUCUUAAGGAGUUGUGGUCACUUCUUCACUUCAUUAUGCCAAAUAAGUUUGACUCUUGGGAGGAUUUUGAAGAGCGCCAUUCAUCAGCUGACAAGACUGGCUUUUCUGCCCUUCACAAAGAACUAGAACCAUUUCUGUUGAGGAGAGUGAAAAAGGAUGUGGAAAAAUCUCUUCCAGCCAAAGUUGAACAAAUCUUGAGGGUGGAAAUGAGCAAGAUUCAGAAGCAGUAUUACAGGUGGAUCCUUACAAAGAACUACAAAGCUCUGAGUAAAGGUGUCAAAGGCAGCAUAUCUGGUUUCAUCAAUCUGGUGAUGGAGCUGAAGAAAUGUUGUAACCACUCCCACCUAGUGAGAGGCCCAGAUCCAGAAGAGGAGCAGCAACAGGACAGACUAUCAAAUCUGAUUCGGUGCAGUGGGAAGUUAAUACUCCUGGACAAACUGCUGUUGCGUCUCAGGGAAACGGGCCACAGAGUACUAAUAUUUUCACAGAUGGUGCGAAUGCUGGACAUUCUUGCAGAAUAUCUGCAGUUAAGACAUUUUCCAUUCCAAAGGUUAGAUGGGUCUAUACGAGGUGAGUUGAGGAAACAGGCCUUGGACCAUUUCAAUGCAGAGGGAUCCCAGGACUUCUGUUUCCUGCUCUCCACACGUGCUGGAGGGCUUGGUGUGAAUCUUGCUACAGCAGACACUGUGAUCAUCUUUGAUAGUGACUGGAAUCCUCAGAAUGACCUGCAGGCUCAGGCCAGAGCUCACAGAAUAGGGCAGAAGAACCAAGUUAGUGUGUAUCGUCUUGUGAUAAAAAAUAGUGUAGAAGAAGACAUCAUUGAACGUGCCAAAAGAAAGAUGGUUUUAGAUCAUCUCAUCAUCCAACGAAUGGACACUACAGGCAGAACGGUGCUCAACAGAGGGUCAAUGCCCGGAGCUAGCUCUAGUACUCCAUUCAACAAGGAGGAAUUGACUGCAAUUUUAAAAUUUGGUGCUGAAGAUCUCUUUAAGGAAAAUGAGGGCGAGGAGGAAGAACCUCAUGUGGACAUAGAUGACAUCCUGAGUAGGGCGGAGACACGGGAAACAGAGGAUAACCACAGUGUUGGGGAGGAAUUGUUGUCUGCUUUCAAAGUCGUCAGUUUUGACAAUAUGGAAGAUGAGGAGAUUGAAAAUAUUCAUAGGGAAGAGGCAGAAAAGGCAAAAUCCUGGGAAGAAAUCAUACCAGAAAAUGAAAGGCAGAAGGUUGAAGAAGAGGAAAGGCAGCAACAGCUACUAAACCUACACUUACCCCCUAGGAGUAGAAAAACCCUACAGCAGCUGGACCCUGACUAUGAACAGUCUGAUGCUGAUGGUGGAAAAAAGAAAAAGAAAGGCAGAAAACAGGAGGAGGAGGAAGACGAAAGUAGUGACAGUGAUUCUGGAGAUGAUGAUAAGCCCAAGAAACGAGGCCGUCCACGGACUGUGGCUAGAGACACCAUCAAGGGUUUCACAGACGCCGAGGUUCGCAGGUUCAUCAGAAGUUUCAAGAGAUUUGGAAAUCCUCUCAGCAGACUGGAUGCCAUAGCCUGUGAUGCUGAGCUGUCUGAGAAGUCCCAGGCUGACCUGAAGAGAUUAGCUGAGCUGCUACACAGGGAGUGUGAGCAGGCCAUGGCCGAGUAUAAAACCAAGCUAGAGGAGGAUCCAAACUUUGAAGCAGGCAAGAAGACCCACCGUGGUCCAGUGAUCAAGUUGUCUAGUGUGACAGUGAAUGCCAAGUCAGUAUUAAGUGCCAUGGAGGAGCUGGAGCCUCUCACCAAAACCAUUCCAGCAGAAAAGGAAGAGAGGAAAAAGUACACACUCACAGCUAGGGUGAAGUCUGCUAACUGGGACUGUCCCUGGGGGGAGGAGGAGGACACCAGCCUUCUCAAAGGUGUCUACGAAUAUGGAGUGGGAAGCUGGGAAGCCAUCAAGAUGGACCCAGACCUAAAUUUACAUGACAAGAUCUUGCCUGAUGGUGAUCUCAAACCUCAAGCCAAGCACUUGCAAACCCGUGUUGACUAUUUGCUCAAGAUUCUUAGAAAACAGAUGGAACCCAAUAAAGGAGAGGAUGAAAAAACAAAACCCAAGAAGCAAAACAGGAGGAAAAAGAAAGCUAGUGAAUCUGAGAAAAAGGAAAACAUCAGUUUAGAUGAGUCAACGAUGGAUGUUGGAGAUAGUAAGCUGGAAAGUCCAAAGAAGAGGAAAGGGAAGAACAAGAAGGAUGGUGAGGAGAAGGGAAAAGACAAGGCAGCAGAGGAGAAGAAAAUCAGGAAAAAGGAGAAGAAAGAGAAAAAGAAGAGUAAGAAGAAGGCAGCUGGUCCAAUGCAUUUUACUGCCAACUCUGAACCAGUAUCUGUAGCAGUUGAAGAUUUGGAACCCUCCACAUUUAACGAGUGCAAAGAGAAAAUGAGACCCGUGAAGAAGGCUCUCAAACAGCUGGGCAACCCUGAUGAGGGUUUGUCUGAGAAGGAGGUGCUCACACAUAUGAGGACAUGUUUACUCAAGAUAGGAGACCAUAUCAAUGAGUGCCUGGGGGAAUUCAAUGAUCCAGAUAAGAUUAAAGAAUGGCGAAGCAAUCUGUGGAUCUUUGUCUCCAAGUUUACCGAGUUUGAUGCAAGGAAGCUUCACAAGCUGUACAAACAUGCUUGCAAGAAACGUGAAGAAGAAAGGGACAGAACAGAGGCAUUGAACCCAGAAAGCAGUCAGGGGGAAACUGUUAAUCAACAAAGUAGGAGAGGCAAGAAAAGACCUCUAGAAGAAAGUAAGCAGAGGAAAUUAAAGAGGCAAGCUGAAGGAGAAAGGAGUAGAGAUAGUACUACCACUUCCAGUGUAAGCAAUGGGCAGCGUGCCAACACCAGCACCUCCUAUAAUAACCACCCACCGUCUUUCCGUAAUGUGCUUGCUAGUGGGUGGGAAGGCAGUACGAAUAGUCCUCUCAGUAGGUGGCAGCACGCUAGCCCUCUUUCCAGCAUUGACGAGCAGCAGAGAAAUCGUCACUCUGAAAAUUCCUAUAACCGUCCUCCUCCUAAUGAGGGCCAGCGUAGCUUCCAUCCUGGUGCACAUGAUGUACCUCCACGGGAACACAAGCGGCAAGACUACUACCAUCGUGACAACUACCAUCGCUAUGACAGAGAGUAUGGGAGAGAGUACAGUCGGGAGCACAACAGGAAUAGGGAACACAAACAAGGGGAGCACAGGUCAGACUUCCAUCACAGGGGAGAGCGCCCUGACAGACCUGACUACAGGGCAGGAGGAGACCAGGGAGCACACAGGCAUGAGGACAGAUAUCGUGGAGAGCGAGAUAGAGACAGAAAGAGAAAAUCGGAUUACUAUGACAGAGACAGAGGCCGAGACAGAGAAAGAUCAAAUAAAGAUCCCAGAACUGAAUACAGAAGUCCUUCGUCCAAGGAUGGACUGCAUCAAAAACAAAGCCAAAAAUCCCAUAGGCCUUCCCCUAAAGACCACAAACCAAAUGCAAAUAUAUCAUCUCCAACUGAACAGUAUCACAGGAGUUUACUGGAAGACACUAACUCUGGAGAUUCCUUCAAUAAACCGUCUCUGAAGUAUGGACACUCUACGCCAGACACAAGCCAAAGUGUAUUAUCACCGUCAGAUUCUAUGACACAUUAGCAUUUUCACACUGAACUGCCUUUCAGCACCAUUGCCCAGCAUUCCCUUCAGAUCAGUACUUGCCAAACAGAUGCUGUGCCUUGAUUUGAAGAUGGGUGGGAACAUUUAAUAUGGGCAGUGGACCAUUCAUAUUUUAGUUGUCUGGUAAUAAACAGUGUUUUUUCCCCUUAAAUUGCUUGCAGAGCAGGGUACAUUUCCUAUGUAUUUUAUCCCAGGCAUAUGUGUCACAGCUGGUCACAGAGCUUUCUAGAUGUCCAUGAUAAACAUCUAGGCAGAGUGCAGCUGACGUGUAUGGGCUGAUUGAUAUUGGUCUAUUUUCUUUAAAAUCCAUUGCCAUUGUUUUACAUUUAUUUAUUCCUGCAAUUAUUGGUAUUUUCAUUAUUUUUCUGCAUUAGUUGUGAAAACUGACUUACAUGCAUUGAGACCUGUCUUUUGAGUCAAUUUUGUCUUUAGAAUUGACCACAAUAGAAUCGUGAUUAAAUUAUUAUUGUUAACUGUUUACAGAGAGUUACAAUUGAGGAUGCAAGUGAUAUUGCGGAAAAGCUCCAGGUGUCAGUUGUAUUGGUGCAAUAUUAAGAACCCAGUUCGUUAAGUUAUUUGUCAGCAUUUAGCUUGGUACUUAUUUUUAUCACAGUUGAUAUGCAAUAUUUCAAGAAAUUUUCAAGGGUGUCACAUGGACAGUGAUUUGAUAUCGAUAUGUGUGGGGAGCUAUUUGCUGAGCGCUUCGAUGAUAUUCACUAAGUGAACAACAUGUGCCCUAUGGGAAGUUCUUUGGAAGUUUUGCUCCCGUAGCCUUACGCGCCAAGGAGCUUACCGUAGUGGAGCAAAGAGGCGUGGCUAUAUAUAUUUGAGAUGUGUUCUUAUGCUCGGUAUCCAAUGUUCCAUCGAAAAAAGAACAACAUGCAUGUCUGUUGACGUAUUCAAGCCACAACUGGACGAACUAAAGACUAACUGGAAAUUUUCCCAAAUAUUUCCUGUACAUGCGAAUUGUAUUGUUGUACAUUUCAUUUGUAUUUCAUAAGUUUUGUACAGAUCCUAUUGUACAUAAAAUUCUACGAAUAAAAUGCAGUAUAAAUUUA